AAAAUAGGCUCAAACAAAAAAUAGCAGCUAUUUUGAAAGGCGUGAACUGAAGCAGGAUCACACGAAAUGAAGAAAAAAAAAACGAAACCGACACGAAAGGCACGAAUCUUAGCAGGAGGCGCUGCAGUGUUUAAGGAAGUUUGUGAUAGAUGUUGAGGACAGGGAGCUCACGAUAAACGCCAGCGAUCUUCUCCACGCCCGUCAGAUCGCGACAGCCACGCAGCAGCAAGGAAGGGGCUGUUUGUGCUGCUCUGCAAGGCUCGACAGCUAGAGCACCUGAACCGCACACAUUACCGAGGCAGAAGCUUCUGUGAACAGCAGCGUUCCAGCAUGGGAGGGUCUUCUUCCAGUCUUCUGGAUGAAAGCAAAUGCAACUACAUCCGAGGCCGGGCUGAAGCAGAGCUGAAGAAUUUCAGCCCUCACUACAAACGCCAAUAUGCCAUAGCCUUUUUCUCUGAGAUUCACGAUGAGGUGGAGCAGCACAAGCCGGUUCAGACACAGCUCCUGAAACAAAGGGAUGCCCUGGAGCCCGGGAAGGUCCUGUAUGAAGAGAAUAUACUGCAUUACAGCGAUGAAGUGAAAAAGUGGAAGGAAAGGUUCGUGGUGGUGCGGGGAAACUACAGUUUGGAAUGCCACGACAGCUACGAGACCUUCGUGAAAGGAGUCGAGCCCAGGCUCAGGCUGCUCCCAACAGGAGGAACUGUGGUGACAUCGCUGGAUAAGUACAACACACUGGUAGACAGGUCCUUCCCCGACCCCAAUAGUAUGAGUGAAGAGGCUUCUCCUCCCCUGGUCACUAUGCCUGACCAGUUUCCUGUUUACUUGCAUCUGCCUUACCGAAAAGACUGGUACUUCUGCUUCCACAGCGAAGACGUCCAGAAACACUUCAUCUCCAUUCUGGAAGACUGUAUCAGACAUCAGAACCAAGACUUUCUCAAGAAGACAACAUGUGAUGUGCAGGCUUUCCUAAAGGCAGUGCAGUUCUACAGACAGGAGAAGAACCACUAUGAGUCAUGGGACAUGUUAAUAGGAAGUGAUGCGAAGGUGCUGAGUAACCUGGUGAUGGAGGAUCUGCUGCCCUCGCUGCAGACCGAGCUGGUGCCCCGACUGAAAGGGAAGAAGAACGAGCGGAAGAGAGUCUGGUUCGCUACUGUGGAAUCCGCCUACACCCUGGUCCAGGAGCAGGUGGCUGAGGGGUUGAACGCUUUGAAGGAAGAAUGCAAGGAGACAGCCAAACAGCAGGAGGCCCGUAUUCGCUCAGACAUGGACCAGAUUGUCAAUUCUAAGAACUUCCUGGCUGGAAAGCUGAAAGCCACAGUGUCGGAGCCCACAGUGAAGUGCUGCCUGGAGAGUGUCCAGCCCUACCUGGCCUCCAUCCUGGAGGAGCUCAUGGUGCCCAUCAGCUCCGGAUUCCAGGACGUUCGGGUCCUGGUGGAGAACGAGAUUGACCAACUGGGCAAGGACUACCAGGAGAGCAACAGCACUGAAGAGCUGAAACAGGCCCUGGGAAGCCUUGGACAAGUGAAGAUGAGAGACUGCUACCAGCAGGUGGAGGUCCUCCGGGAGCAGCUCAAGGAACUCAGAAACCGCUUCAAGUACUCCAACACCACCCGCCUGGUCCACAGUACACAGAGCUACAUGCAACAGCUGAUGGAUAAUGUGGUGUACACCUUUGAAAUGCUGCUUUUCACUGCCCUGAAAGAUAACCCUGCCAAUGUCCCAUCUGCCAUUGAGAAGGCCAAGCAGAGGGUUCUAAAGCAAUACGACUACGACAGCAGCACCAUCAGGAAGAAGAUCUUCCAGGAGGCUCUGGUGGAGAUCACAUUGCCUACAAUACGGAAGACUCUGGCUCCCAGCUGCAAACCAGAGCUUCAGAAAUUUGACCAGUACAUCUUUGCUGAUUAUGCUAACUUUGUACAAGUGGAAAAUGUCUAUGAAGAAAUCCUGUUGGAGGUCCUAGAGAGAGAAGUCAGCAAAGUGGUGAAGGAAGCUGCGAGUGCAAAGAAGCACAACCUGUUUGUAGACAGCAUGGAUCUCCCCUGCGUGAGCCAAUCCAGUUUGACUGACAGCAAGACCCCACCAGGAUCCACCCCCGCUAGUCCAGCCAAGCAAGCAACAGCAAAAGAAACUCCAGCCCCUCAGCCUCAGGGUAACGGGAUACACGAGUGCUUGGACCAGCCAGACACAUCAAGCGUGUCUGUGGCAGAGAAGAAGGAAAAUGGUUCUACGAUCAGAAUGCAGACUGACACAGCGGUACCUAGCUUGGACACAGGCAGCAAGGAGUCCUUUGCUAACAGUGUGGCAGCGCUCAGCCUUAACCCUGCCAAGGAGGAAUCUCCAGCUAAUUUCACCCCAUCACCGAUGGGUGCUGUCGCUGACAGCACAGGUCUACUCACGAUCGGCACAGACCACGCGGUUAAAGAAAGAGACGAGAAAGCGGAGGAGAAGUCAGGCGAAGAGACUGUGCUCGCAGAGACGCAGGCUCCCGACAGCCUCCACGAAAUUCGAAAUCUGAUGGCUGGACAAGGAGAGCUGGUGGAAGAGGAGUGAGACUGUCAUGCCCACAGCACAGAGAAACCGCACAACAAACCCUCUGACAGCCAACAGAAUCAGAUCGCCCAAGGAGCAGAGGAUAACUGCAGCAUCAGCCAGCGAUGUACAUUUUCAACUUGAAACUUCGAUAUUAAAUGAAAAGGACAGUAUGAUGAUCACACAGUAAUGGUUUAAGACACCAUUUAUUAAUAACUGUAUGUUGAUUUAACCAAGUUCAGGAUACUCGAAUUGAAGUGUAAGAUAUUUCUCACACAGUUGCAUUUAAUGGAAUUUGAUGUCUAAAUCCUUUCUUAGAGGUGCUAACUAGGACAAUUGCAAGUAGUACAAGUUAUUGCAAAGAAGAAAUUUCACAAAUUAUUUAACAGCAUCACUUACCUGAUAAAACUGAUCGAAACCUCAUCCUCGACAUUGAAUUUUUCUAACUCUUAACUGAAUUUGGCCUUAGCAAAGUAACAUAAGCAUUUUAAUGACUGUUGCCUUCAUAAAGACUAUAUAGAAGACUAUAUAUAUCAGUGCCUUCAUAUAGAACUAUAAAAUGCUAAAGCAAACCCAAAAGGGUUUUACAUUUGAAACAAGGUAGAUAUGUAAUGGUUAAUUACUCCAAUUAAAAUGUGCAAAUCCCUCAUUUAAGACACAAGGCUUGCUUGUACACAUAGUUGACAGGUUUAAAAUGAAAUCGUUCUAGAUAAUGCAUUUGACAGAUAAUUACUAAGUCAUGUAGUUUUAAAGGUCGCUAUUUUCAUAAUUCUACUUGUUCUCUGUAUACAGUUUAACAUAUAAUUGUCAUUCUGACAGACCUCUAUAUUUGACAUAUACUCUUCUGUCAUAAACUGAUGCAUUAGCAGUUAUUAACAUAGAUGCAGGCUUUGCAUAUUGCUGUGGUAUAGUUACAAUAUAAAUUUUUACUUUGUUGUGACUUGCACAGGUUAACAGAAAUAUUACAGUACACAGGGCUUUUCCAUCUUUUCAAUUACUGACUAAAAAGUACUGUACCACAAGCAAUUUUCCUUGAAUGCUAGGCAACACUGUCAAAAUGGGGACAACCACCCUAUUUUUUUCUAAAAUGUUAAGUUAUUGAUAUAUAGGAUCGCAGAGAAAGUGGAAAAAGUUAAGUAUACAUUAUUUACUAUAUAGUUGUACAUGCCCUCCAGUCUUUUCCUAGUUGUUCAGAGCCUAAUAGCUAUCAUAUAAGCAGCAUAUUUCUUACAUUGCCAUAACCUGUUUUCUAUGUAGUGAUACAUUAUGUGGCAGUAUGUCAAUACAGUAGUUGUAUUUAAAUUACCCAAAUUCAGAGUGAUGAGUUUUGCAGUCUUUCUAAGUAAUUGAAUAGAAAACCACAAAAUACUUGCUUUAUCAAGUAAUUUGCUGGUUACAAAUACAAUGAAAAAAGAUUCACACACAGUUGCAAGCUAGUAUCAUUAACGUGCAAUUAUUAAUCUCUGAACAAUGUUCUAAACCUUUAGAACAGCAGAUGAUCUUGGACCACUGAUUUCUGAAACAUUCCAUGACUGAAUAAUAAAACUACAAAAAAGGACAUUUUUUUACAAAAACACUGAGAAGCUAUAAACACAUAUUUACUAGAGGCCUUUUCUGGAUUCGUAGAGGGUUAAAGUCGGAGUGUUGCUUGAUGAUAGAGGAUUGUUAAAAAGUGAACUAUGGCUUUCAGAUACUGGCUAUUACAUUCGCUGGCAGAGCGAUUAAAAGAAGAUUCGCAACAAACAAUUGAUCACACCUUUAAUCUAAAUAUUUUAACUAUUGCAAUUCUUAUUGUUUUUUUAGUUAUCAAUAGAACCAUUGUCAAUUAUUGCCCCCACCUGGUUUUCUGUUUAAAAUGAUGGAUAAUUCUUCAUGUUAAUGGUCAAACUGGACCUUAAGUUAAACCACAAAUAAAGAAGAGUCUUUUUACAGAAGUAAGUUGUGCUGAUUAACAAAGCAUGAAGUAAAUUAUAAGCUCUUUCUAUGUGGUCUAUUAAAAUAACCAACACUAAGUUACUAACUGCAUAAUGUAAAUAUAGGAAAAAAUGAUAUACAAAGAUUGGUUUUGAUAUACACCCAGUUUAAGUUACAUUACUCUAGAUGAAGGAAUUAUUUGAAUUAUCUAAAGAUUGUCAAAGGUGAUGACUGACUUAAGAAACUCUCAAUUUAUUGUAAAGCUCUUAUAGUACAAUGUAUAAUAAAAUAUUAAACCUUAA